CACCGCCGGUGACAGCGCAGGGACUGCCACGGCCUUCCCAUGGCUGACCUGAGCUUCAUCGAGGACACCGUCGCCUUCCCCGAGAAGGAGGAGGACGAGGAGGAAGAGGAGGAGGGCGUGGAGUGGGGCUACGAAGAAGGUGUGGAGUGGGGUUUGGUGUUUCCUGAUGCUAAUGGAGAAUACCAGUCUCCCAUUAAUCUAAACUCAAGAGAAGCUAGAUACGACCCCUCCCUGCUGGAUAUCCGCCUCUCUCCAAAUUAUGUAGUCUGCCGGGACUGUGAGGUCACCAAUGAUGGUCAUACCAUUCAGGUUAUCCUGAAAUCAAAAUCAGUUCUUUCUGGAGGACCAUUGCCUCAAGGACAAGAAUUUGAACUAUAUGAAGUUAGAUUUCACUGGGGGAGAGAAAAUCAGCGCGGUUCUGAGCACACGGUUAAUUUCAAAGCUUUUCCCAUGGAGCUCCACCUGAUCCACUGGAACUCCACCCUGUAUGGCAACAUCGAUGAGGCCGUGGGAAAGCCACAUGGUAUUUCCAUCAUUGCCUUGUUUGUACAGAUAGGGAAGGAGCACGUUGGCCUGAAGGCUGUGACUGAGAUCCUCCAGGAUAUUCAGUAUAAGGGGAAGUCUAAAACAAUACCCUGCUUUAAUCCUAACACUUUAUUACCAGACCCUCUGCUGCGAGAUUACUGGGUCUACGAAGGCUCGCUUACUAUCCCACCUUGCAGCGAAGGUGUUACCUGGAUAUUAUUCCGAUACCCUUUAACUAUAUCCCAGCUACAGAUAGAAGAAUUUCGAAGGCUGAGGACUCACGUUAAAGGGGCAGAACUUGUGGAAGGCUGUGAUGGGAUUUUGGGAGACAAUUUCCGACCCACUCAGCCACUUAGUGACAGAGUCAUUAGAGCUGCAUUUCAGUAACCAUGGAGAACAGGAAUAAGCCCAUCUGCACGGGGAGGAAGACAUUGAUUUUGUGCCCUUGGAUGAGACGUGGAAGAUCCUGGGCUGCAGCUUUGGAUCAUCCGCAUAGCCCGCAUUGUUUUCCUUCAUCUACUCCGGCUUUGAUGGACAUCAGUGACAGUUACCUAUACACAUGGUGUAAUGAAAUAUUAGAGAUGGCUGCACAUUCAGAAGAAACCCCAUAUUAUAUACCCACAUCACAGUUGCUAGCAUUCAUAUUUUUGCAAUACUCUUUAUUGAUUAUGUGUAGAAAAAGUGAAACUAGUUUUCAGAGUGGUUACUAAUGUAAAUUUAUAUCAUGUAUCAAUAUUGAUAGGAAAAACAUAUUCCCAGUGUUAGUAGUCACUCUUUUUCUGCCUCCAACACAAAAUUUGUUCCUUCAGAGACUAGUGAAAUUCUUGAUAAUAAAAUAAGGAUUUUGAUCAAGAACAGCCUAGAGCUUAAAAAUGUGAUGUGAAAGCUUAGUAAAAAUCAUGCCUCAUGUUAUUUUUCAGUACUCAUACCCAAAUUAAUGUCAGCCUGGUUUUCCAUGGAACGCAUUCUUGGAGUUAAUGUAAAAACAUAAAUCCUACUUCCUAUAUUUCUUAAAGGAUUUUAUUGAAUAUAUGAAUCUAAUAUAUUAAUUUGACAUAGCUGAAGCUGUGGGUUUUAAAAAUUUGAAAAAGGUGUAAGAAGUAAUAUAAAAAGAAGAUAGAUACCACAUACCAGGAAUAGCUUCAUUUUCCA